CAUCAAGGCCAAACGACGACGGACAGACGGAACAACUGUGGUUGGCUCGCUCGGAACCUUGGUAGGAGUCUCAUCUUCUUUCGGUAGAGCCGAUACGGAGAGACGUGGAAAUCUUACUGGCGAGAACUUGAUGUGUGCUUGGGAAGGAUGCAACCGAGGAACCACCAGACGGGUUGCAGUGUUCGACCGGAGGUUCCAACUACGCACCCACGCCCACGGAUCCGCCAGCGAUAAACCGGCCGGAGUCGUCGCGCUCACAUGCUUCGAGCUGCGGCGGCAGGGCCUGGCCCUAAAUUCCACAUCCUCGGGUGACGCCGUCAUCAUAUACACUCUCGACCACAUGCACGCGCAGAUAGCAAUAACGGCUGCAGAGAGGAGGUUGCACGUACUCAUGGCGAAGCCUGGCGUGCAGACGUUGGACGAGUACCGGCGGGUGCUGGAGGCCGUGGCGGCAGGUGGUGUGCUGGUAGUUACUGUCAUGUGGACCUUCCAGUCGCAAUCUACGCAACCUACGGUGCUCCGAAUCUAG